AUGGCUGGGACCUCCGCUGCAUCUCAAAGUUCCACCGUCAGACCUGGGCCCCUUUUGCGCAAUAGUGGUCCAUCCAGAGGUACUGGGGCAAAGGGAGAAAUGCAAAGCAAAAUCGCAGUGACCAGUGAUGAGUCAGUCCCGGAAACAUACAAAAUUAGGUCUUUACAUCAAAACAACGCGCCCGGAUCCGUCAGACCUCCUUCGCCUUUGAUCCCUCUCAAUCUAGGAAGGUCUUCCGUGUCACCUCACGGUACGAAGAAUGCCUCUAUGGCUCCAUCCUCUCCCGGUCGGCAAUUUCCUUCAUCCCCAAGGACGCAUUCACCAGCCUCGUCCCAAAUCUUUGAACGUAGUGUUCAAGAAGAUAUCGGCCCUUCCCAAACCUCUCCGGCGAUUCCCUCACAUAUUAUGACAGAAAAUCAUAUUCCCCCAAUUCUCGAUGCCUCCUCGGCCGCCUUAACUGAUGUCCGAUUGGAUCCGGACUCGGUUGAAAUUAUCACGCACAACUUCCAUCAGCCUGCGUCUCUCGCUGUCAGCGGGCAUCUUGACCAUGCACUGUCGGCGUCCUGGUGUGAUGAAGCGAAUUCCCAGCGUAUGGCAGACGUUGAUGAUUCGGCGUCUAAUUAUGGCGCUCCUCAUGACCCUACCGAUGUCCGGCGUCUGAGCUUCGUUUCGUUUGCCGACGUUGUGCAUGGUGAACUUGCUGAAACUGCCGACCACAUUUCUGUAGGAGAUUCCACGUAUGUGGGAGGACUAAGUACUUUCGGAGCACGAAAUAGGUCCCCAUCUCCUUUCCAUUCUCCAGUGUCCUCUUCUCAUGGCCGUGGUACGUCGCCUCCAGCCAGCGUGUCUCCCGAAUCUCGGGCGCUAGAAAUCUCCCCCUAUCGCAAAGGUCGCGGGCCUGGCAGCCCUACCUUCAACUCGCAUAGCCCGACAGCUGGAACAUUUAAUACAGGGGAUUUGAAUAUCGAAACCAUGAGGCAAGCUCUACGCAGGACGGAGAGCGGAGAUCUUGGGGCCUUCAAAAGCCAGCCAGCCAGUGCUGUAGGAAGCGGCGAUGGCCUGUAUGAUCGGCCUUUUAGGUGA